GACACAGCUGGAGGACAAGAGCCCAGACUGGUUCCUCCAGGCUAAGUAUAGAGCAGGCGGGACCACCUGCCCUCGGCCCAGACCUCCAGACCCAGGGCUUCCCUCCCACGUUGGUCCUAGCAGUUGUGUGGUUGAAAGGGGCCCCAGAAAGUCUGAGGGGGUUGGUGCAUUCUGUUUUCUUGGCAAAUGACACUUUCAGGAACUCAUGACUUAACUCAACCUUAGCACCCAGGCACCUGUGGUAUCUGAUAACCUGAUGUCCUGCCCUGAUGUCGACUCUCAAUCGUGUGUGUGUGUGUGUGUGUGUGUGUGUGUGUGAGAGAGAGAGAGAGAGAGACAGACAGACAGACAGACAGACAGAGACAGAGAGAGGUUGUAUGCUUGCAUGAAUGGGUCAGGUCACUUGGGGUGAACACCCUCCACAGCCCCUUUCCCCACAUUCUUGGCGGGAGUGGGAGAUAAGGCUCAGGGCCACAGACAUCUGCGUCAGAGAUAGGAGGUCUCAAUGCCAUGGGCAUGGGCAACUGGACUUGUAGGGCGUGGGAAGGACUGGGGGAGACUGGGGUGUGAAGGGUAGAAGAAGGCAGGCAGUGGGAUGGGUAGGGGAGAGUGGGGAGGUCCUGGACAGAAGGGACACAGGACAGGGCGUGGGUUCCCUGUUGUCAGUACCAGGUGAACUAUGGUGAUCCCGCCAUCUCUGCUGCUCCUUUUGCUCUUGACCCUACGGGAUGGGGACAGCUGUCAGGGCCCAGAACUGGUGCGGGAACUUGUCCUGGCCAAGGUGAAGGCUCUGAUCCUAGAUUCCUUGGGGCCCCCAGCAAUGACUGGGGAAGGUGGGAGCCCUGAAAUAAGGCGUCUGCCACGAAGACACGCCCUUGGGAACCUCGAGCACAGGACCUCUGAACCAGAGGAGGAGGAUGUCUCUCAGGCCAUCCUUUUCCCAGCCACAGGUGCCACCUGUGAGGACCAGCCAGCUGCUGGAGAGUUUGCCCGGGAGGCUGGAGAAGGUCUCUUCACUUAUGUAUUCCGGCCAUCCCAACACGUGCGCAGCCACCAGGUGACUUCAGCCCAGCUCUGGUUCCACACCGGGCUAGACAGGAAGAACACAGUGGCCUCCAACAGUUCCGGGACCCUGCUAGACCUGCUGGUGCUGUCACCUGGGGGGCCCAUGGCUGUGCCUGUGUCCUUGGGACAGAGUCCUCCUCGCUGGGCAGUACUGCACCUGGCAGCCUCCGCUCUCCCUCUGCUGACCCACCCAGUUCUAGCAUUGAUGCUUCGAUGCCCUCUCUGUUCCUGCUCAGCCCAGCCAGAGACCACGCCUUUCCUGGUGGCUCACACCCGGGCUAGACCACCCAGCGCAGGAAAGAGGGCCCGACGUUCAACCCCCUCAAUGCCUCGGCCUUGGUCUCCUGCCGCUUUGCAGCUGCUGCAGAGGCCUUCAGAGGAAGCCGCUGCCCAUGCCUAUUGCCAUCGAGCUGCACUCAACAUCUCCUUCCAGGAGCUGGGCUGGGACCGCUGGAUCGUGCAUCCUCCCAGUUUCAUCUUCCACUACUGCCAUGGUAGCUGUGGGGUGCCCACAUCUGACCUGCCCCUGCCAGCCCCUGAGGUUCCCCCUACCUCUGCUCAGCCCCUAUUUUUGGUGCCAGGGGCCAAGCCCUGUUGUGCUGCUCUACCAGGGAGCAUGAGAUCCCUACGUGUCCGAACCACCUCAGAUGGAGGUUACUCUUUCAAGUAUGAGAUGGUACCCAACCUUAUUACACAACACUGUGCUUGUAUGUAAAAGCAUCUUGUUUCCUCACUCCACAGCCGAUAGCCACCAGCAUCCCACCAUCAUCAGCUAGGAGGAAAGCAGGGUGUGGAAAAUAGAAAAUUUCCACAUCUUCCCUACAUGUUUCCAUCUGAGGGCUCCAUACCCUAUUC